AUGACGACGAGUAUCAACUCGGUGGUCACCGUCUUUCAGAAUGUGUUCACCAAUCAUGGGAGCACACUUCUCAAUGGAAUUCUGAUUGCGACGACGAUCGGAGGACAGUCGGUGAGUAUUUGCUUUUCAAUAGAAUACAAGAGACCCUUCUCCUGCGAGAAGAACGCGGCAAACGUGGUUGAGUGGACGAACAUGUUCAGAAGUCUGCCCGAUUCUCAACUCUUGCAGCAAUUUGCUGCAAGAAACGGCACGGGUCCCGACUGGAUUCGGCACCCGAGCCGAUUGCUGCAGCAAAUUUUCGUUUGUAACGGCACUUUGCCGAAAAUAAAACUGAUCAGUUUAAAAUCAUAUUCGAAACUUGAUUCUUUCUCCGAUUUCAGUUGAUCCGAAGGCUGACAUUCUCGUGUCCUUGUUCGUAUCCUCUCAAUGUCUAUCACUCGCUCGUCUUCAUGUUCGGUCCCACGGCCGCUCUCCUUCUCAUCGGAAUCACUGUCAAUUCGACCACUUGGAAACUGGCACAUGGUUUCUUCUUCCGGUAAAUGUAUCUCUUUCAUCAUCUACAAAGAUAUUGUUAAUUUGCAGAGUCCGAGACACUCGUCACAGCUGGAAGACGACAUUCGUGUCCUGGUUCGAAGUGCUCCUUCAGUCCUGCAUCGCUCCGAUUGCAUGGCUUUUCGUGGUGUUCCUGGACGGCGGCUAUUACAGAUGUUACCGUGCUCACGAGUUCUGCUUGAUAGCCGAUGCUGUGCUUUGCAAGAAUGCAACAGUCCUCAACAGUUACACAACUUCAAAGUCGUUUGAUAAAAUGAGUGACAAUGGAAAGGUAAGAACGUAUUUCUCGGCUGCUUUCUUGAUUUCGCCUCUUUUCCAGUACUGUCCCCCGUGCAUCUGCAUCCCGGAGCCCACAGAUGCGUCCUAUCUCGAAGCGGAGUCCCAAAUCUACGCAUGGGCUCUUCUGGUGAUCACUGGAGCCGCCGCUUUCCUCGGUGAGUCAUCAGGUCCUCCACCUCAAAACAGUUUUUGUUUUUCUCCAGUGAUUUCUUGCAAUCGAAUGUGUGACAAGUACACGUUAGUGCAACGGCAGUACGUGGAAACGUACAAAAAUGUAGAGAUUCAAAAGUUCGACGCUAUCGCCAAAGUAACUUGCUUUCCCUAUUGCUUCCUGUUCGUCUUGUUGCUUUUUCUCUGUCCUUUUCUGUGUUCCUGCCUGUGAUAUAAUUCAAAGAGGGGCUUUCUUUUUCAGGAACACGCUUCCCAAUUGGCCGAGCAUAACGCGCGAGCAUUCUUCGCCCAGAAGGAUUGGACAAAGAGGGACUGGGAUUGGGUCUCAGGUAUCUUCUGAUUCCUAUAACAUUCACUGAUGCUUGGUUUUCUGGUAUCCCCGAAGUCAACAAUCCUCUGUUCGCUCGCCUCCGUCUGAUCGCUGCCGAGAAGACCCAACAGACUAUGUACACUCCUCUACAACUUUGGAAUGACAACAAGGGCUACCGUAUCCCGCAGCCGGACCUUCAACUCUCUCAGAUUACCGUCGACGAAACGAAACAAGAUUGA